AUUGUACAUUGAUUAUUCCCCUUUAUUUAAUCACGCCAUUUGCAAUGUGAUUUCUCGCGGGAUAUUUGAAACGUUGUAAAAUUUUAAAUAUUAGAUAUUUUCCUUCAACAUCAGUAUAGAAUGGCAUCAUCUAUAGAGUACAGGUCACUGUACCAGGGAGAAAAAUUUGAAGAACUUCUCAAGUGCCCUAUAUGCUAUGAAGUCUAUAAAUCACCAAGAGCUUUAGCCUGCCUUCACACAUUUUGCGAGCCGUGUAUUAGUUCCUACAUUGAAGGACAGGACUCAGGCAAAUAUGCUGCAGGAGACUUACCUUGCCCUACUUGUAGACAGAUCACAAGAAUCCCAGAUACAACUAAAAGCCCAAAAGAUUGGGCUAAACUGCUACCCUACAAUUACACCAUUUUACCGCUAAUUGAAGCUUAUAACGAUAGAACUGAGCAAAAGAAUAAAAAUAACAAGAACUGCAUCUCCUGUUCAGGGAAAGUAAGCGAAUUUUUUGCCGUUUGUGAAGAUUGUGCUGGAAACCUUUGUUCGAGGUGUACCAGUCUUCAUGAAGAGUUGAAACUCUUCAAAGAUCAUGACAUUAUUAGAAUCAGUCUGGAUUCUGACCACCGAAAUUGUAGUAAACAUUUAGACAAGAAAGUGGACUACGUAUGCAUACAUCACAAUGAGCUCUUAUGCAGUACAUGUGUGGUUGUUAAUCAUAGGACAUGUGAUGAGAUUAGAGAGUUAAAAGACAUUGUAACUAAAGACGAAGUAAAGAUAAAAUUUUGUGAAGUCAAAAGCGAACUGGAAGCUUUGCAGACAUUUUUAUUUCAGUCUGUAAAUGACAUUCUGACUGAAAAUGAUCAGUUGAAAGCUAAGGCAGCUGAAAAUAAUGAGACAAUUAAAAAAUUUAAAGAACAUGUUGAUAAUUUGAUUUCGGGAUUCCAGCAGAUGCAGUUGCAUGGUGUACAGGACAAUGAAGAAAAAACUCAGGCUUAUUUUAUCCAAUGCCAGAAAACGCUCGGCAAAGUUCAGAAAAUUGAAAAAAUUCUAGAAGUAUUGGAGCCCUGUACCCAGAUGACAAGUCUGUUUCUAGCGUUAGAUGGGUUCUCACUUCAAAUCCAGGGUUUGCAGGAGCAGAUAUUGUCUAUUAAAGGAGCUGGGCACACAGACAUUGGGAUGCCAGCAGAGUUAGAAGCUUUGAUCAACAUGGUACCUCAGCCAAUCCUGAGCAUCUGCAAACAAAUGGAGCAGAUGGAAAUGAGUUCAAAUGAUGGGAAAACUGAAGGUUUUCAAGAUCCAGCUAAAGAGGUUCCUGAGGCUACAGCUCUCGAGAAUAUGAAAAAAAAAUUGCAAAAAGAUGAACAGGCACAAACAGUUCAGCAGUCAAGAAUGAGUUCAACUGAUGAACAAACAGAUUGUCCAGAUCCAAAUGGUGAGCUUUCUGAGUCAGGUGAUACAUGUCAGCUGUUUGAAAACAGUCAUGCAAAUCUGUCUAAUUUUCCAACACAAGAAGAAAAUUGUAGUGGUGGAAUCUCUCAGCAAGUAUUAUGGGUAGAAGAACAUGAUAAGUUGACCAUCCUGCUUUAUCACCUUGCCAAAUCAGGCCCAGGCUCAUUAGUCAUCAUUUAUGUGGAGACAAAAGAUGGUGCAGAUGCCCUGGAAGAAUUUCUAUCAUUAAGGAAAUACCCGGUGACAAGUAUCCAUGGUUCCCAUACACGCAGAAAAAGAGAAGAAGCUCUUCGAUUGUUCAGCACUGGGGAGAAGCCAAUCCUAGUUACAACAUCGGUGGCUGCUCAAGGUAAAGAUGUCCCCAAGGUACAGCAUAUUGUAAACUUUGAUCUUCCCAAUAAUAAAGAUGAAUACCUCAACAGAAUGUGUAAACUUGACCUAACUAGAACAGGACUAGUAACUUCAUUCUUCAAUGAAAUGAACAAACACAUGACCAGGGACUUGAUUCAUGUGCUUGUUGAUGCCAGUCAAAGUGUCCCAUCCUGGCUUGAGUCUUUUGCCAACAGUGCACGUCCGGUAGCUGCAUCAAGACAGAGGGCCUAUUAUAGGUCUUGAAGUAGAAGCAACCAGCGGCAAUUUGGUCAUUUUCCACAACAACAUGGUUACUAUGGAAACCAGCAGUACAAUCCUACCAUCCCCCAAGGAAGACUAGGCCAUGUAAGAAAUUGGAAUCUGACCUUGGGAAAU